AUGGCAGGACGGGAUCCUGCGCCCUCGUCCUGCGACUGCUUCGUGGCGCUGCCGCCGCACACCGCAACACCCGCCGUCAUCUUCGGCAAGAACGCCGACCGGCCACGCCACGAGGUCCAGGAGGUCGUCUACAUCCCCGCUGCUGUCCACCACCCCGGGGACAAAGUCCAGUGCACCUACCUGGAGAUCGAGCAGGCGGAGAGGACCCACGCAGUGGUGCUGAGCCGUCCCGCCUGGCUGUGGGGUGCCGAGAUGGGCGCCAACGAGCACGGUGUCUGCGUGGGCAACGAGGGCGUCUGGACCCGCGAGCCCCUGGGGGAGCACGAGGCGCUGCUGGGGAUGGACCUGGUGAGGCUGGGUUUGGAGCGGGGCGGCUCUGCCCGGGAGGCCCUGGAGGUGAUCACGGCAUUGCUGGAGCGCUACGGCCAGGGAGGGAGCUGCAAGGAGGAGCCGGUGCCCUUCGUCUACCACAACACCUUCCUGCUGGCUGACCGCACCGAGGCCUGGGUGCUGGAGACGGCUGGCCAAUACUGGGCAGCCCAGCGGAUCCAAGAGGGUAGCCGCAACAUCUCCAACCAGCUCAGCAUCGGGAGAGAGAUCACGGCUGAGCACGCGGGGCUGCGGCAGCGAGCCCGCAGCCAGGGCUGGUGGAGCGGGGAUGGUGAGUUCAGCUUCGCCGAGGUCUUCUCCCUGACGCACCAGCCCGCCCGCAUGGAGGCUGCCAAGGCCCGCUACCGCGCCGGCAAGGAGCUGCUGCGGCAGCAUGCAGGUCACAUCACGGCGGAGACAUUCAUGGCCAUCCUGCGGGACAAGGCCAGCGGGAUCUGCGUGGACUCGGAGGGCUUCCGCACGGCGGGCAGCAUGGUGUCCGUGCUGCCCCGGGACCCCACCUUGCCCUGCGUCCACUUCUUCACGGCCACCCCUGACCCCUCCAGGUCCGUCUUCAAGCCCUUCGUCUUUGUGGCCGGCCUCAAGCCCGUGCUGCAGGUGAGAUCUCCCACCUUCCGUGACGACCCCGCCAAGAAGAUCCCGCGGUUCCAGAGCACGGUCGAUCGGCGACAUGAACUCUACCGCCGGCAUCAGGCGGCGCUGGAGCUGAUGGAGAGGGACCAGGAGUGGGGCCAGAAGCUCCUGAAGACACUGCGGGACCUGGAGAAGCAGGGCCUGGAGGGGAUGAACGCGCUGCUGGAGGGGACGGUGGCCCCCCGCCCAGAGGAGCUGGCCGACCUCUUCUUCGACUGCGUGGAGGCAGAGAUGAAGUUUUACACAUAAACCCCGCGUGGGUGGGU